GUCACGUGACCGUCCCCACCUUUCCAAUAUGGCGGCGCCCAGUUCCUCCGUCCGGGCGCUUCACCUCAUACAGAAUAAAGGUGUGAAAAGGAUUUUCUCUGGGAUUCAACCAACCGGGAUCCCUCAUCUGGGAAACUACCUUGGUGCUAUCACAAGCUGGGUGAAGCUACAGGAAGAAUGCAGCUCUGUGUUAUACAGCAUUGUGGAUCUCCACUCCCUCACCAUACCAAGGGAACCAACAGUUUUACGCACAAGCAUCUUAGACGUCACUGCUGUUCUCCUUGCCUGUGGCAUCAGUCCGCAGAAGUGUUUCAUUUUCCAACAAUCCCAGGUGCCUGAGCAUGCAGAGCUCGGCUGGAUUCUGGGAUGUCUCACAAGCUUGCCACGCCUGCAGCAUUUUCCACAAUGGAAGGUGAAGAAUGCCAGCCAAAUGAAUGAAGGAACAGUUGGUCUCUUCACCUAUCCUGUUCUUCAAGCCGCAGAUAUUCUCCUCUACAAGUCAACCCAUGUUCCUGUUGGAGAAGAUCAAGUCUUGCACUUGGAGCUGACCCAGGAUACAGCCCGACGCUUCAACAAAAAAUACGGGGAAUUCUUUCCGGUGCCCACAGCCAUUCUAACCGAAUCGAAGAAGAUCAGGUCACUCAGAGAUCCCACAUCCAAGAUGUCCAAAUCAGACCCUCAGAAGUUAGCCACGGUGAACAUAACAGACAGCCCUGAGGAGAUAAUGCUGAAAUUUCGUAAGGCUGUCACAGACUUCACCUCUGAGGUGACCUAUGACCCUGCUCACCGCCCUGGCGUCUCCAACCUGGUCGCUAUUCACUCUGCUGUAACAGGACUCAGCACGGAGGAGGUGGUACGUCAGAGUACUGGCCUUGAUACUGCUCACUACAAGGCAGUAGUAGCAGAGGCAGUCAUUGAGAAACUUGCACCAAUUAGGAGUGAAUUUGUGAGGCUAAAAGAAGACAGAUGUUACCUGGAGAAGGUUUUAUGGACCGGAGCAGAAAAAGCCAAAGAGCUUGCAACCCCCGUAUAUUCAGAAAUCAAAAGACUGGUGGGAUUGCAUUAACCUCAAGGAAAAGCAGCUAGUGCCUUUCAUAAUCUGAGUUUAGCCUUGGUUAUCUUGACUGAUUUUGGAUCCACGAAUAUCCGAAUCAUCACCUCAGGCUCAUUAAAUGGACCAGGCUUUGCAAAGAGCCAAAUAAGCAGACAUCCGAGCUAAAGAGUGCUUUUCUCCCUGCCUCUGCCCCCAAAAAGAUUUGAGCUGAUGGGAAAACUGAAUCCUUUCUGCAUGAGAAAUGCAGAAUGUCUUUUCUGUGGCCUGUUUGUUUUCUGGAAGGAACCUGUGCAAAUUUCAGCCUUUGGUACAUGUCCAGCCAAAGCCUGUAUAGACUCCUCAGUAAUUGCUCUGUGAACCUGAACACUCUGUUGAUCAGGCUGUCUGUGGGAGAAGUGUUAUCCCUACUACUGGCUCUGGCUGGUCCCUCUGGCAGUCUUAAGAUGUUUUCUCACAUUACAUUUUGUACUCAAGUAUAGAUAGGUGGAUACUAAAUGCAUUCCAUCUCUGCAUUACAAGCUGCAUCGAUGGAGGAAAUGCCAUGUACACAAAAUACACUCCUCCCAUCCCAAAAUACACUGGGAAAGGAUCGGCUCCAGGCUUUGGCAUGUUUGAUAAGGGAAGGUUGAGGUUUCACAUGCGUGCCCUCAAUGGAAACAGCGGGCAUGUUUUUUAUACUUCUGUAUCAGUACCAAAAGUACAUAACUGCUCACCAACUGAAUUCUUGCAUCUUUCCAGGUUGUGUUUGCAAGUUUAGUUGAAAAGUAAUUUCUCCAGUGCAAGGGAGAGAUGAUCUAGCUUGGCGGCACAGUCACUGGCUUGUUGCUAUAUUUUCACAUGUAACUAAGUUGUUCCCAAGCAGGACAUGUGGGCAAAAGGCUAUGGUCCCAGAAAAGUGUAGUGUUUACUGACUUCACAUGUGACACCAUCAAUCUUGGUUCUCUGUUCUCCAUCCCUUUACACUCAGAUCCUCUCAUUUAGCAAUGCCAGGUGACAAUCUGGAGGAUUCUCGAAGACCCAGAGAAAAUGAAGUUCCCACAGCUUCUUCCUCCGUUGACUCGUCUGUGUGUCUGCUCCCAUCCCGCUCUAAUGUAGUGGGUACAAUGUAAAGUACUGAACAUGACUGUAGGACGAAUGGAAGCAAUAGGAGGAGGGACAGGUAGGAGAAGCUGUGGCCUCUCAGAAAAAGCAGCUGCCAUGCUUUCUCCACCAGAGGCACCUCCACACUCAGGUGCUGGCCUGAGCAGGCUGCAUCUCAUCCCUCUAAACAGAGGCACCCCUCUCACCACCAAAGGAACACAAGUGAACAGCAGAGAACCUGCACAAGCAACGCGGACACAAAACCCCACGUAUAUUAAGUCAGGCAUCCCCAAACUUCGGCCCUCCAGAUGUUUUGGACUACAACUCCCAUCUUCCCCAACCACUGGUCCUGUUAGCUAGGGAUCAUGGGAGUUGUAGGCCGAAACAUCUGGAGGGCCAUAGUUUGGGGAUGCCUGUAUUAAGUAAAAUAGAAACAUCGCCACCCGACCCCACUUAUCUCCCCCCCACACACACCUCUUUCCCCCUUUUCUUCCUAAUGUCUCAACAAAUGAAACCGAUUUGUAAAAAAAUGUUACAUGGAAAAAAAUACGAGAGACAUUGCACACACCUUUGUAAAUCAAGAAAAUAAUUAAUAAAAAUACAUUUAAAAAUAAAUAAAAUAAAUAGAGGCACCCUUAAGCCUUGCCCCCAGAGUCUCCAGCAGCCUGUUUUUGCGCAGCCUUGAGAUGGCUUUGCUUCUGCUAGGAGCCUGUAGGAAGAGUGGGCUUCUGGGUGCCUUAAGGCCCCUUUUCUCAACCUGGUGCCCUCCAAAUGUUUGGGUGAAUCAGUCUCAUGAGUUCCAGACAACAAGGCCAGUGUUGAAGGACAAUGGUUAUUGUGCCCAGGUUGCAGAAGAAUAGGCCUAAUGCCUCAUGUGCAACGCACAAUGUGGUGCUUCCCCACUGCGCAAGAGGAGGUUACAAGUGGUGGCUUUUGAGAGGCUGCUCUAUUCUCAUGCCAGAUGCCAGAUUGCAACCAAAGGCUCUUCUGUACACUUAAAAUCCCUGUGGGGGUUGUGGAUGCAUCUGUCUGGCUCUAUUUGAAGCAAUAAGAAAAAUGGACAAGCCAAGCUAGCUUGGUGGGAGAAUAAUGCAUUGACGUAGAAUGAAUUUAUUCAGAAUCAGGAAGAGCAAAUGCUGUAUUCUGUUUAAAACUUCGGAAGAGGGUAGAGUAAAACUAUUGAAAUAAAUAAUGAAUUGUAUGCAAGACUGAAAGAAACAUUUAUUGUUGUUGUUGUUGUUGUUGUUUUAAAAAAGCAGUGUGUAGCAAUCCACAGCAUAAACUCCGGGGUAGGGGGGCUUCCACUUGUCUGAAUUGCUCAGCUUGCCUCUCCUGGCUUUCCUGCAAAACUUGACAGCUGCCGAACACACUUUGCAGAGAGAAGAGUGAAGUGCUGGCCCAUAGGCUGUCACCGUAGCCUCCCCUUGCCCACUGGAGCGCCAACCCACCACACUGGCGCAGAGUA